UUGUACGAUACAGAAGCCGGAGUUAUUUUAAUUCAAAAUGAAAUUAAUAUUGGGUCUUUUGACCAUCAUUUCGAUAAGCUUAAGAUUCUCCCCAGCCUUAAGUUUGCUAUCGAAAUCCAAUGACUUGCAAUAUCUUGAUCAAUUUGGCAAAUUCAAAACUCUAUUGGUCGAUGUUCAACCCAUUAUUAAGAAAGUCAUUGAGGACAUACCUGCCGAUUAUACAUAUGACAAAUAUCAUCAGGAUUUGCAAAAUAUUUUAAAGAAAAUCAAUGAGAAAUCUGGCAAUGUUUGUUCUGAGAAACACUUCAAUGAUUUGGCUGAAUUGGUUAAGCUGACUAAAGAAUAUUCAAAGAAAGGUGCUCCAGCUGAAGCGAAAAAAGUUUUAAGAUUAUUUGUGAAACACGGUCAUCGGGAUUAUCUUAAAAAACAAUGGUUUCGCUUGAAAAAAAUUGAUUUGGCUAAAUUAAGGGAAAACAUUCAACAGAUGGAUAAAUCGGAUAAAAAAUUCAAAGCGUUGACUGAAAUGUGUUAAGAAAGCGUAAGAAUAGAGAGAUGAGCAAAUAAAAAAUCGCGGUAAAAUU